AUGGCUAGCGGGGCCCGGCCAGGCUCCCUGGUACCUCCCAGAGUGAAUGGAACGGCAUUUCCAGGUUUGGGCCCGUCGAUACCCGAUGGUCCACAUGUCGAAACAUGCACGCACUUCAAUACCCAUUACGACGUCAAGUUCACCAUCGUUUUCUCCGUUUACAUCAUCUUUGGGAUUCUUUAUACGUUCGUAGGUUAUCGAUGCUUCAAGAUAGUGAUGUUUUUAACAGGAUUCAUUUUUGCGUCUAGUAUUGUUUACCUAAUAUGCCAGCAAGGUGAUCUUAUGCCAACCUAUGGAAAUGAAGGCGUCUCCUUGCUGGCCGGCGUCCUGUUCGGUUUAAUAACUAUGCUGGUCCAAUACGUCGGAUUGUUUAUGAGCGGCUUGCACACCGGCAUCCUGCUGGCUCUCGCAGGACUAUUCACGGCCGAUCAUUUCGUAGAGACGUCUCCGAAAGGAUCCGUGUGGUUGUGCGUCGGAGUGCUCCUGUUCUCCGCAUUGACCGUUGCCAUUUUCAAUUUGUAUUUUAGAAAAAGUCUCACAAUACUUGGCUCAAGUCUGUACGGAGGAGCGACUCUAUCUCUAGCUAUCGAUUACUUCGUGGAGAAAUUAUCGAUGGUGUCUUGGCUGUGGGGAAGGGCGUCGCUGAAGCCCGUGGAGCCGCCGCCGUGCUGGUUUUCCUGGAUAAUCCUGGGCGCUUGGCCGUCGUUCGUGCUGGCCGGAUUGAUAAUACAAUUCGGCAUUACCGGUAGAGGUAUUCACCACGAAGACGUGCAAGCCGGUAGGAAAAAGUCAAGAGCUGUGCCGAGGGUCUUGACGCGGGCCGAAAGGGCCGAAAUGAAGCAGAAGAAGUACAGGUACCUUUAUCAAGUCCGAACCGCUCAUGGUGAUGUGAUAAGUCAGAAUUUCGUGCAGCAACUUCAAAAGAAAAAUAGUGAUAGUCAAGGGGAGUGUAGUACGUUGCAAUCGGACGCGACCCAUUUGACGAUAUUGCCCGAUACCCAGUUAACGGCGUUAACGGAGAGCGAGGACGACAGCCAAACCGACAUAACCGUUAGACGAUGA